CACAUCACUAGCGGUGCCUCUGAGCAAGGCACUCAAAGUCCAGCUGCUCGUCACAGCUGUCUCCUCCUCCUGUCUUUGGCUGAAGGCUGCCUCCAGCAGUGAAAUGUAAGCGGACCUGAGGGCAGCAUGAACGGACCUCAGCUCAGCGAACUGCCGGACGACUCGGAGCAGCUCAGGCCGUACAUCAGCCGCCUGAGGCGGGGAGCGCUGCGGGCCGGCGAGCUGUCCGCUGUCGGGAGCUUAUCCAGCGGCUUUCUCCUUAGGUUUCUGCGGGCCAGAGACUUCGACAUGGAGCUCUCCCUCAAGCUCUUGCUCAACUACCAGCGGUGGCGAAGGGAAAGUCCUGAGAUCAGCAGCUGUCUGUCUCCUUCCUCUGUGCUCGGCCUCCUCAACACGUCGUACCACGCUGUGCUCCCGCAGCGAGACUGCACAGGCAGCAGGGUGCUCGUCUACAGGAUUGGGCAGUGGAACCCAAAAGACUGGUCAGCCUUCCAGGUAUUCAGAGUCAGCCUGAUGACAUCCGAGAUCAUCUCAAGGGAGAACGAGACACAAAGGCAGGGUGUGAAGGCCGUAUUUGACCUCGCGGGGUGGAGUUUAAGUCAUGCCCUGCAGAUUAACCCUUCGCUUGCCAGAAAGAUUUCAUCUGUGCUUUCGGACUCUUUCCCACUGAAGGUCAGAGGAAUCCACCUGGUCAAUGAACCGAUGUUCUUCCGUCCGGUCUUUGCUAUGCUUCGUCCCUUCUUGCCUGAUAAAAUCAAGCAGAGGAUCCAUAUGCACGGCUCUGAUUUCCGAGAUUCUUUAAGUGGCUUCUUCUCGUCACACAUUCUGCCUCCAGAAUAUGGAGGGCAUGGGCCUGGAAUAACACAAGUGUGUCAAGACUGGACCAAUCACCUGCUUCUAUCAGAGAACCUCCUGCAGCAGAUUGCUGCCCACCCAACGGGUGACAUCACAGUGACCCCUGAUGACUGAUCACAGAGGAAGGCGGGACUCUGUGAAAGAUGAUGAUUGGACCUUUGGGUGGCUGACUCACAUAUAUGUUGCGGGUUUGUACACAUGUCUAAGAUCUCUGCAGUACUUGUUGUGGAAGUUGGCUGAAGUGAGAGAGCUGAAAUGCCCGUGCUGUUUCAUGUUCACGCCACAGCCGACCAAUUUUUAAGAACAAUAACAAUACUGAUAUUAUUAUGUCAUGAUUUAAAAAUCAUAUUUUUGAUAGAUCUGCUGAUUUUGUUUCUGUUAUCAUUUUUUAUUUGUUACAUUACUCACAUUAUGUUAUAAGUAGUUAUUUAUUUAUUUAGCCUCUGCCCAACUUAGCUAUAAUCAGCUGAUUGUUGUGUUUCCCACACAGUUUUCAAAUUUUAAACCUUCCCUUUGGGCAACAGGAACAAAUCACCAAAGAGUUAAUAUGGGCCCAAUCACUAAGGCUUUUUAGUGAAUGCAUAUUGUUUUACUCAGAGUUUUUCAAACAUUUAGGAGCUUGAUGUAAGUCACGUAUCUGGGAAUAGUGCUGUGUUGUAAUUUCAUCGUCAUAUUAAUGUUGCUCCAGGACCAUCUCUGUAAACGAUGAGUCACGCUGUUUUGAUAUUUAGUCAAAGGAUCCUGCAAUAAAAAAAGCACUACUCUUAGUGUUGUGGAAGGCGUAAAAGUAGGGCAACAAAAUCUGUGUCAGUCACACUGCAUACAUGGGAUAAAUGCUGGAUGUUGUGUAGACGGCUUUGGUCUCGGUGCUUUAUAACAAAGGCACAUUAAGUAAACUCACUCAUCUAGAUUCUAGUAAGAUUUAAAGAAAGCUGCCAGCUCGGCCUUACUGAACAUCCCCAACAUGUUCAUGUCAUUUGUUACCUUUUAGAUAACGUCAUAUGUCAGGUAUUAAUGGCUCUCAGCUAUACGAGUGUGCAAAGGUUUUAGGCAGCUGUAAACAAAGAACGCGUUCAGAAAUAUAGAUGAUUGUUUACUGGCCCCAAAUGUAUCCUGCAAAAGGACAACGAGCCCAAACACACAGCCAGAGUCAUUAAGAACUAUCUUCAGUGUAAAGAAGAACCAGAAGUACUGAAGUGAUGGUACGGCCCCCACAGAGCCCUGAUCCCAACAUCACGGAGUGUGUCUGGGAUUACAUGAAGGAUGUGAGGAAGCUGCAUCCACAGAAGAUCUGUGCUUAGUCCUCUGAGAUGUUUGGAACAACCUACCAGCCGAGUUCCUUCAAACUGUGUGCAUGUGGACCUAGAAGAAGGCAAAGGGCGGUCCCACCAACAUGGAUGUGAUUCUCUUUUGUUCAUUCACUGCAUUUUGUUGAUGGAUGAAAAUAAAUGGUAACACUUUUAUUUUUGAAAGCAUUCUUUGUCACA